AUGGCAAAGAGAAAGAGAAAUACUACUGAUUCGGCGCCUGCUGUCGUAGCACCAUCAGUACCAACGAAGAAAUUGAAGCAAACUGCAACACCGAAGGCCAAUUCCUCCAAGCCUACUACUAUUCAAAUCAUUACUGGAUCUUACGACCGAGUCCUUCAUGGUAUCACCACAACAAUUCGCUCUGACGAUGACGUCCAAUUCGCAGAUACCUUUCUCUUUAAUGCGCAUACCUCUGCUAUUCGAACUUUAGCACUCUCUCCUCCCUCUGCUCCAGUCCCCAAACAGUCACAAAAAAUCAUUCUCGCAACCGGCAGUACUGACGAGCGCAUAAAUCUUUACCACAUCUCCGCACACCCUCCAUCCAAGAUAUCAGUUCCUGUAAUUCCAUCUCUUACAGCCAAGGCCGUUGUGGAGAAUCCACAAAAUCGCGAACUUGGCUCACUACUUCAUCAUGCUUCCUCAAUCACCGCCCUUUAUUUUCCCACUCGAAGUAAGCUGAUGAGCUCUGCGGAAGAUUCGACAAUUGCUGUUACGAGGACAAGAGAUUGGAGUCUAUUGAGUACUAUUAAGGCGCCGAUACCGAAAGCCGUGGGUAGACCCAGUGGUGAUACGGCUCCGCUUGGGGGACAACCAAGUGGAGUUAACGAUUUCGCCGUGCAUCCAAGUAUGAAACUCAUGCUCAGUGUCGGAAAGGGAGAAAAGUCUAUGAGAUUGUGGAAUUUGGUCACAGGAAAGAAGGCGGGUGUGUUGAAUUUCGAGAGAGAUAUGUUAGUCGAGGUCGGGGAAGGGAGAUUCAGUAGUGGAGAGGGAAGGAGAGUCGCAUGGGGUAAUACGAAAGAGGGCGGAGAGGAGUUUUGCGUAGGGUUCGAGAAAGGAAUAUUGGUUUUCGGGAUGGACUGUAAGGUUAGGUGCAAGAUCGUACCAACACCAAGGUCCAAAAUCCAUCAACUGUCUUACGUGCAAGUGGGAGACGACGAAGAUUCUCAGGUCUUGGCUGUCUCCACGGAGGAUGGAAGAAUCCUGUUCUAUUCCACAAAUACUGGAGACUUAGAGAGUGCAAAAGCUGCCGAAGGCAAAACACAGCCAAUACCCGCCGCUAAGCUAUUCGCACAACUUGGUGGCAAAGACAGCGGAGUGACUGGACGUAUCAAGGAUUUCGCCGUCUUGAACAUUGGAGAAGGUUCUUCCAGAGACAUUCUGAUUGUGGCAGCAAGCAGUGAUGGCGCUGUCAGACUAUACAAGUUAUCUGCAGCCAAGGAUUUGGCGCAAGUUGGAGAGAAAGUAAACCAGGUCGGAAAACUAAUUGGUACAUACGAGACCGGAAAUCGCGUUACAUGUUUGAAAGCGUUUGUUAUGUUACCAACUCCUGAAGGGGCAGAGGAUGAAGAAAUUGAAAUAAAUGAGGAGGACGAGGAGAGCGCGGAUAGUAGUAGCGAUGACAGCGAAUAA